AUGAUGGUCAAAUCCUUAAAUUCGAAACAGGAUUUGAUAAAGCUGGCUCUAAUGAACACUUUUCGCGAGGAGUUCUCUUCUCUGCAGGCGGAAAACUCCGCAUUUCGUCAGGAGCGGCAAGUAUUGAUGACUGAGCUGUCUGCGCUACGCGCCUACCAGGCUGCUUUCUAUGCUGUUCAGCCUUAUCUUCUUCCAGAACUUUGGGAGCGUGCUCUGGCUCAGGCACAAGUGCAACCGCAAAUACCAGCACAACAAUCGGUGCAAAAUCAAACGCAGUCACAGCAGCCAACUCAAACAAUACUAGCCUCCGGGCAGGUGCAAGUGCAGGCACAACCUGCUGGCGUUGUACAUAUAGCAACACAAUCUGCAGCUCAGCAGUCAGCUGCUCAGAACAUUGAGGCUAAUCCAUCUAUUGCUGGUCAUAGUGGGCUUAAUCCACACGAUCUGGUGGCAGCCCUUGGAUGCCUAACACCAGCACAGGCAGCUGCAUUUGCUGCUGCGGCUGCCUCUCAACAUCAACAGCAGCAACAACAUCACAUGCACCAGUUUCAACCUAUUCAUCAACAUCAAGACCAGCAACAACAACGGCAUUUGCAUCAUUUACAACAGCACCAGCAAAAUAUACAGCAGCACCAACAAAAUAUACAACAGCACCAGCAAAAUAUACAGCAGCAGCAGCAACAACAACAACUGAAAAAUAUUCAUUUAUCUCAACAAGUUCAAUUGCAACAACAGCCCCCUGUUCCUGGCAUUGUGGGAGGUGCCCAGGUUUCUUCGCAUAUUUCGGCUGGAAGCAAACAAACCGUCGAUCUCUUGAUUGACAAUCAAUCAUCUGUUCCUGUUUCUGUUCCUUCUGCUUCCUUGGUUCCAACUAUGUCCGUGUCUGCAGGCAACACUACCUCCGCACUAGAAUCUGCGAUAGCUUCAGCCCUUCUGGCUCAUCUACCAGCUGGUAUCAGUCUCAGCUCCUCCACAUGCCCUGCAACUACUACUACAACUUCCAUAAGUAGUACUCAUGCUAUUGGACUAGAUUUAACGGGUAUCAGACACUCCUCCGCCUGUAAUUCCGACAUCUCAACUCACCAGUCCCUACAACCACCACUAUUACCACGGCCCUCAGUUCCACUCUUAUCAAAUUCUAUUCUGUUGUCGCCUCCAGCACCAAGACAUUUGUCCUCGACUUCCGCUCCUCCACCACUGCCAGUGACACCACCAUUGAUGAAUCUAUUUUCCAAUACCAUAAAUUCGGCGCAACCACCAACUCUUCCGCCUGUUUCGGCAAUUAAUACAGCUCCCUGUCUUCAACCGGCUUCCUGUCCUGCCCACUCCGAAAAUCAUACCUAA